GAGAAAAGAAAUCAAUGAAUUUUCCCAUUCACUUGUGAAAUUGUGUAGAGCUUAAACAACAUCCAGCAUCAGCAGUUGUAUUAUUUAGCGAACUAAAAAAGGUGGUAGAAAUGCAGCAUAAUCAAAAGUCAAUUACUAGACACAUUGAAGACAAUAGUUAUUGAUGGCAUUGCACUAAAAACGCGUUCUACUGGGCAAAUAGCAAACAAAAAGAACAAAUAAAAACACAAAUCGAUAAAUCUGUGUGUCUGUGUGUGUGUUCGUGUGAGGAGGCUGUCAACACAAUCAGGAAAUUCUUUUACAUUGAGAAGAAGAAGAAGCAGAAGUCGUCAUGUCUUAUCGCUUGAAGGCCACCAAAUGUCCAACGGACGAACUUUCGCUUACGAAUCGUGCAAUUGUUAAUGUUGGCGAUUUUCCCGACGAUGUCAAGUAUGCAGAUAUUUCGCCUGCACCGGGACAACACUUUAUCUUUGCGCUAGAGAAGACCGUCGAGGUGCCCAGCGGCUAUGUGGGCUUCUCCUUGGUGCAGCGCAAAUGGGCGAUGCUCUCAAUCAAUCAGGAGCUGGAGGUGCGACCCUAUCGCUUUGAUGCCAACUCCGAUGUCAUAACAUCUGUCUCCUUCGAGACGGACUUUUUGCAAAAGAAGACCGUCUCCCAGGAGCCCUACGAUUCGGAUCAGAUGGCCAAGGAGUUCAUUAUGCAAUUCGCUGGCAUGGCACUGACCGUUGGCCAAUCGCUCGUCUUCAACUUCAAGGACAAGAAGCUGCUAGGUCUGGCUGUCAAGUCGCUGGAAGCCAUCGAUCCCAAGAGCCUUGGCGAGGGCAAAGAACCCGCCAUGCGCAAUGUGCGCUUCGGUCGCAUCCUUGGCAACACGGUGGUGCAAUUCGAGAAGGCCGAGAACAGUUCGCUGAAUCUGCAGGGCAAAUCGAAGGGCAAGGUGGUGCGUCAGUCCAUCAUCAAUCCCGACUGGGACUUUGGCAAGAUGGGCAUCGGUGGCCUGGACAAUGAGUUCAAUGCCAUCUUCCGUCGGGCGUUCGCCUCGCGCGUCUUUCCACCCGAGCUGGUUGAGCAGCUGGGCUGCAAGCAUGUGAAGGGCAUCCUGCUCUAUGGACCUCCCGGUACCGGUAAAACUCUGAUGGCCCGACAGAUUGGCACCAUGUUGAAUGCCCGCGAACCGAAGAUCGUGAAUGGUCCGCAGAUUCUCGACAAAUAUGUGGGUGAAUCCGAGGCGAAUGUGCGACGUCUGUUCGCCGAGGCCGAAGAGGAAGAGAAGCGUCUUGGACCGAAUAGUGGAUUGCAUAUCAUAAUCUUUGAUGAGAUCGAUGCCAUUUGCAAGCAGCGUGGCUCUGUGGCGGGCAACAGCGGUGUCCACGAUACCGUGGUGAAUCAGUUGCUAACCAAAAUCGAUGGCGUGGAUCAGUUGAACAACAUUCUGGUGAUUGGCAUGACCAAUCGACGCGACAUGAUCGAUGAGGCGCUGUUGCGUCCCGGACGUCUUGAGGUCCAAAUGGAAAUCAGUUUGCCGAAUGAGGCGGGUCGCGUUCAGAUCCUGAAUAUACACACCAAACGUAUGCGGGAUUUCAAUAAGAUCAACGACGAUGUGGACAACAAAGAGAUUGCGUCGCUCACCAAGAAUUUCAGCGGUGCUGAGCUCGAGGGUUUGGUCCGUGCCGCCCAAUCGAGUGCCAUGAAUCGUUUGAUCAAGGCCGAUGCCAAGGUCACCGUGGAUCCCGAGGCCAUGGAGAAAUUGAAAGUGAAUCGCGAUGAUUUCCUCCAUUCGCUGGAGAACGACAUUAAGCCAGCGUUCGGCACCGCCCAGGAGAUACUCGACAAUAUGUUGGCGCGCAGCGUCAUCAACUGGGGUCAACCGGUUAGCAAUCUCCUCGAGGAUGGCAUGCUCUAUGUGCAACAGGCCAAGGCCGCCGAAUCAAGUGGUUUGGUCUCCGUUCUCAUUGCCGGUGCACCGAAUUCGGGCAAAACAGCAUUGGCCGCCAAGCUGGCCAAAAUGUCCGACUUCCCAUUCGUCAAGGUAUGUUCGCCCGAAGACAUGGUCGGUUAUACCGAGUCCGCCAAGUGUUUGCACAUUCGCAAGAUCUUCGAUGAUGCGUAUCGCAGUACGCUCAGUUGCAUUGUCGUCGACAAUGUGGAACGUCUGCUCGACUAUGGUCCGAUUGGUCCACGCUACUCCAAUUUGACGCUGCAGGCGUUGUUGGUGCUGCUGAAGAAGCAACCGCCCAAGGGACGCAAGUUGCUCAUACUUUGCACCUCAAGCAGACGUGAGGUGCUGGAGGAAAUGGAGAUGCUAACGGCAUUCACCUCGGUGCUGCAUGUGCCGAACCUUUCCAGUCCGGAGCAUGUGCUCGCCGUACUCGAGCAGUCGGACAUCUUUAGCAAGGGUGAAAUCCAAGCCAUUGGCAAGAAGAUGGCAGGCAAGCGCGUUUUCAUUGGCAUCAAGAAACUGUUGGGGCUGAUCGAUAUGGCACGACAGACGGAACCAUCGCAGCGCGCCAUCAAAUUUCUGUCCAAAAUGGAGGAGGAGGGCGGACUGGAUAUGGUGGCACGCUAGAAUAAGAAGCAGAGGCAGAGUGUAUUCCAUAUAUUCCGUAAAUAGAGCAAAAUUGUAUUGCGAUCUCAAUUAUUAGCGACUAAGUGAACAAAACCCGAAUAUGAGCAAUGUUUAACUCGUAUAUAUCGAUAUAUACAUAUAUACAUAUAUAUAUAUAUUCCGGUUUAUCAAUCGUAUCAAAUAAUCCGCAUAAAAAACGACUAUAGAAAUGCGCCUACUGCUUGUGCAUCAUCAUCAACUCAAUUCCGUUUAGUUUAGCUACCGUGUUCCAUUCCAAUAUGUUCCUAACCUCACAAACACCCAAUAAGAAAUGAACAAAUUUGCGAUCUGAUCUCUGAAUGAAAUGAAAUCGACAGAAAUGUGAGACCUUGUGACCUGAUUUGGCAUUGCGGCUGGUGGUAUAAAUAAAUAAAAGAAAUAUAUUAACAUACAUAUAAUAUAUGUAUUCUGCAGGUCGUGAUUCUCGCUGCUUGAGAGAAACACUGGCCUGAUUAGUACAAAACACAAAAAAAGGAUAUUAAUUGAUAAAUAACUCGUACAUGCAAUCGAUAAUGUUAACAAACAAACAAACAAACACACCACAAAAUACACCUAUAAAUAAUUAUGCAUUUUGAAGAAGCUGCAUUCGAUUUGUUGUUGUUUAGCGCGUACGUCUUGUUUUCAAUAUCUUUUUGUCGUGUCUUGUUAAUAAUACUCUACUACUACUAAAUUUAAAAUCAAUUUCUUUCUUGUUAAUCUUAAGAUUUUUUCCUCAGAAUAGAACACCAACAAUUUUAGGAGACGUUAAUCGAUGAUAUCAAAGAAAAA